UCGGCUGUGCUCGGCCAUUUUUGUUGCGUCGACGUCAAGUGCUGCCCUUUGGAGCCUUUCUCUCUCAGUCCCGACGUUGGACACACAGUGGACGGAGCUUGUUUCGUGUCGGUAUAUCGUGCGGCAGGCGGCCGAUACGCGUCUCCUACUCUGCGAUUGAAGGUCGAAGACACCGUUCCGGCGAUCACCGCGACUCGGGCCACGGGUCUUUUCCACUGGAUCCAUUGACCAGCCAAGAGCCUACAAGAGAGCGCUUCCAAGCAGAGCCACGAAAACUACGCACCGAGGCGGAGUAAUAUGAGUAAUGCAGCCAACCAGAAUGGAUCAGGUCUAGAGCAGCAGCUAGCUGGUCUGGACUUGCAGGGCUCCCGCCAACCGAGUGGGGGUCGCUACGUGCCACCGCAUUUGCGCAGUAAAUCUGGAAAUGCUGCCGGACAACCAAGAUAUGAUCCUGAUCGUUCUUCCCCUGUACUCUACAAUUAUGAAAGCAGCCAUGAAAUACCAUUAGAAAGCAACGCGCCGUCCAGCGGUGAGCACCAGUCGACGCUGAACGCCCGGCCGUUCCCGGAGCGAGACCGAGGCGGUGACCGGGACAGGGACAGAGGCCGAGGCGGCGGCGGCAGCGGCGGCGGCGGCGGCGGCGGCGCCGCUCCUGCCCCGGGACCCGGGUACAGGGACGGUCGGGGCGGCCACGACGUCGACUUUGGCAACUUCGGAGGACGCAACCGGCGCAAUGUCGGCCAGGAGAACGGGCGCGACUUCCGGUACCCGGGCGGCGUCGACCGACCCUUCGGCGGCGGCACGGGCAACGACCGGUGGCAGGAGCAGCCCAGAAACGACCGCUGGCAGGAGAGCAGGAGCGACGUCCGAAUGGGCAGUGGCGGCGGCGGCGGCGGUGGCGGUGGCGGUGGCGGAGGCGGCGGCCGAUGGAAGGACGACCGCGAGGGCGGCGGCGGCGGCGGUGGCGGCGGCGGCCGCGGCGGCCGUGGCGAGGUCGACUGGACCAUUCCGACCACCAGGGACGAGAGGCUCGAGAUGGAGCUCUUCGGGACAGGCAACACCGGCAUCAACUUUAGCAAAUACGAGGAUAUCCCGGUCGAGGCCACGGGCGACAACAUACCACCGCACAUCACAUCCUUUGACGAGGUUAAGCUGACGGAGAUCAUAAAGAACAGCAUCAGUUUGGCGGGAUACGACAAGCCAACGCCGGUCCAGAAGUACGCGAUCCCGAUCAUAAUCGGGCGUCGCGACGUGAUGGCUUGCGCCCAGACCGGGUCCGGGAAGACAGCGGCUUUCCUGGUGCCGAUUCUGAACCAGAUCUACGAGUGCGGUCCGCGUCCGCCCCCGAUCCAGGCUAGCGCCUCCGGGAGGCGCAAGCAGUAUCCCCUGGGGCUGGUGCUGGCUCCGACUAGGGAAUUGGCCACGCAGAUCUACGACGAGGCGCGUAAGUUCGCCUAUCGCUCCCGGAUGCGCCCUGCCGUUGUCUACGGGGGGUCCAACAUUGGCGACCAGAUGCGAGAGCUCGAUCGCGGCUGUCACCUCCUCGUAGCGACGCCCGGCCGCUUGGUGGACAUGCUCGGUCGCGGAAAGAUUGGCUUGCAGAACUGCCGGUACUUGGUCCUGGACGAAGCGGAUCGCAUGCUCGACAUGGGUUUCGAACCGCAGAUCCGACGUAUCGUCGAGGAGGACGCCAUGCCGCCCACUGGCGAGAGGCAGACCCUCAUGUUCUCCGCCACCUUCCCCAAGGAGAUUCAGAUGUUGGCCCGAGACUUCCUAAGCAACUACAUCUUCCUAGCAGUCGGACGCGUUGGCUCCACCUCCGAGAACAUCACGCAGAAGAUCGUCUGGGUGGAAGAUCACGACAAGCGCUCCUACCUGCUCGACCUGCUGCAAGCGAGUAACCUCUCGGAGAUCUCGAGCGACGGGUCAACCUCGGAAGCCCUGACCCUGGUGUUCGUGGAAACGAAGAAGGGCGCGGACACGCUCGAAGAGUUCCUGCACCAGAUGGGCUACCCGGUGACCAGCAUCCACGGAGACCGCACCCAGCGCGAGCGUGAGGACGCCUUGCGCCGCUUCCGGGCGGGCAAGGCGCCCAUCCUGGUGGCCACGGCCGUGGCCGCGCGCGGCCUCGACAUUCCUCACGUGAAGCACGUCAUUAACUUCGACCUACCCAGCGAUGUCGAGGAGUACGUCCACCGCAUCGGCCGUACCGGCCGAAUGGGGAACCUGGGUCUGGCCACGUCCUUCUUCAACAACAAGAACCACAACCUGGUGCGCGACCUAGUGUCACUGCUGAUCGAGGCCAACCAGGAGCUGCCGUCCUGGCUCGACAGCAUGUUCGCCGAGGCUAGACACUCUGGAGGCGGCGGCCGACGACCGGGGGCUCCCAAGAGCGGUGGCGGCCGCUUCAGCGGCUUCGGGGCCAGGGACUAUCGCCAGCAGCCCAGCUCCGGACCCAUCCGAAGCAACGGCCCCUCCAGACCCGGAGGUUACGGAGGUGAGGGUUACGGUGGCUACGGAGGUAACACUUACAAUUCCUCGUACAACACCUCGGCCAACAACGGCAGCAGCAACGGUCCCGACUGGUGGGACAAGUAGACGUUAUUACCGACUCCCAACGCCACUAAUUAUUACUACCAUUAACUACUACUCUACACGCAAAUUCAAUUAUAUGUAAGAGAGGACGCGCGAACACUCGCCCACGUUAGACAAGGAUGGCGCGCGCACGUACCGCGAGGAAGAGCGAGACGAGCGAGACGAGAGGGAGAGGGAGAGGGAGAGGGAGAGGGAGUGAGAGUGAGAAGAGCGAGAGGACGCGUGUAGCCGCGCGCGCGCGCAUACACACACAAGGUACCAUCCGACGACUCGUCACCGGACCGACUCGUGCCGACCGACUAGGUCCGAGGUGGAGGAGCGAGGAUUCUCCUGGAGAGGGCCGUGAGUCGUUAUCGAUCGUUGCCGCUUUCCGCGGGGGAACGAGCAUCGAACUCGGUCGAGGGGAGGGCACGGUCUCUUAGGGUUUUCCUGUCGAGGCUGCAGGGCUCGUUGUGACUUUAUUUAAUUUAAUAAAUUUGUAGAUGAAGUCGACGAACGUGGGACGGGGUGAUGCGGCGGCGCCACUCGAUUACGACCGUCCCCCUUCGGUGUCACGCCGAGGACGGCCGGGCCUCGGGCCGACGAGCUCAGUUUCUCGAGUUUUUCGCGGUCCUCCGCAUGAUCCCGUACGCACGCGAGUCAAUGCAUCAGAAGUAUGUUCCGUAAA